UAACAAUAUUUAAUGGUUAUCUUUAUUCAAAAUUAAUAAUUUCUCGAUAUUUAUAUUAAAUUUGCUACAACAAUAAAGUUUAUGUGACAACAGGGAAAAUCGUGAUUAUAGUAAAGAUGCAUAAGUGUUGUCUUCUUGAUUUUCUCAUGUUGUCAACUAAUUAUGCCGACGUCUUCUAUUUUCACAAAUUAUGCAUAAUUUUGACUUCUUUCUUCUCACGUCUGAAUCCUUUACUAUCUAUCGGCUUAAAUCUUCUUUUAUUUUGCCUAUUAAUUCUAAACGAUAGAUUGUACUCUACUUCUAUUUGUUGGUUCUCUAUUUCGUUCCUAAUAGACUGGGCAAUUCAACAUAUUUUAGCUGUAGGUUAUCACUACUAGUGGUAUUACAAUAAAAAGAAAUUCUAUUUUUCAAAGUCCGACGGCGGUAUAUGGGGAAUUAACCCAAAACAAUAUCU